CCCCAACUACGCAUAUAUGAUUGCCUGCGUUCCACUUUACCUUUGACCUUUUCCCAUCUUCAUUCCCUCUAUCAUCGAUCGCCUCUGUCAAUCUCGCCAUGUCGUUCAUCUUCAGGAGGCCCUUUGCGGCCUCCUCUCCGACCCUGAAGCAAUUCACUAAACCUUCAGCCAUCCUUCGAUCCUUUCACUCGUCCCCCUCCAAAGGUUCAUUCAACAGCUCCUUCAACGCUCGUCCAGCGGUAAACGCACAAUCUCUACUCAAAUCCAACGCGCUUCGAAACAGCUUCCGCCGAGGGUACCAACAACCGUCUUACCAACCCGCCAACACAGCCUCACAGGGAAACCUAACUCAGCGCCUGCUCUAUGGAGCCGUCUUGGUCGGUGGUACAAUUGUCGCCACCAACCUCAUUUUCAACCGUGAGACCCGGGAAGAUGGCGGCAUGCCACAGUACGAGAGGGAAUAUCUCAACCAGACUUUUAUGCACACCGGACUUGGAAUUGGCAUCAUCGGAGUUGCUGCCCGCGCAUUGCAUACCAAUGGUUGGAGUUAUCGUCUGAUGUCUGCCAACCCAUGGCUGGUCGUUGGUGUAUCACUGGCUGCAUCAAUUGGCACCAUGUAUGGCACAUUCCGAACACAUCCCGACAACUAUGUUCAAAAAUACGCCCUUUGGACCGCCUUCAAUGUGACCCAGGCCGCCAUCCUCGCCCCACUCAUGUUCGCCAAUCCUGCCAUCCUUGCCCGUGCUGGUCUCUACACCGUUGGAAUGAUGGGAUCGAUUGCGUUUGUUGGAGCCACCGCUAAGCAAGAGAAAUACCUGUACCUCGGUGGUCCUCUUCUUGCGGGCGUCGCUCUCGUCGCCAUUUCCGGUUUCGCCCCGCUUGUUCUACCCGCAACGGCUGUGCGCACAUUGGCGUGGACUGAAAACAUCUGGCUCUAUGGUGGUCUUGCCGUCUUUGGAGGCUUCACCCUCUAUGACGUGCAGAAAAUUCUCCACCACGCCCGCAUGAGUGAACGGGGUAUGGUCAGGAAGGAUGUCGUCAACGAGAGUGUCAGCUUGGAGUUGGACUUUAUCAACAUCUUUGUUCGAUUUGUCCAGAUCCUGAGCAUGCGGAACAACAAGAGAUAAAACGAGAAACACACCAGAUAAUGGUCCUGCGGCAUGACAAACCCGUGGAUGGGACAUUGUAGCCAGGAUUGAAAUUGGCGGAAGACGUGUUCCGCGUGCCAUAUUAUGGACACUGGGUCAAGACACUUUUAUCCAAUCAGCCAGACACUUGUAUAACCUUGCGGAAUUACUGACUGUUACAGAAAACCGGGGGAACAUCUAUAACAAGAAUAAUACCAAAAAAUUGUAAAUAGAGAUAAUGCCUAUCUCCGCUCUAUACCAA